UGAAUAUCUGACCUUAAGCUGACCUUGAGAUAGCUAUUUUCACCAAUAUAUGUCAGAUUCAGCAUGGAUUGUUGACAUGGUUGUGCACUAGGAUUAAAACUAUUUGUGACUAGUCUCUACUUCAUCUGUUUUAAUGAGUUUGGGUUUAAAACAACUUGUUACCUUAGGGCGAGUGCCUUGUGUGUGCAAUCUGCAGGUGAUUAGAAGAUUAUGCUCAGCUGGAAUCUCACAGAGCUCAAUGGAGCAUGAAAAGCCAGUGGAGUCAUUAAUCAGGAAGAAGUUGGCUGAAGCUUUUGAGCCAGUCCAUUUUGAGAUAAUAAAUGAGAGCUAUAUGCACAAGGUACCAAAAGGAUCAGAACUGCACUUCAGGAUUUUGGUAGUGUCAGAAAAAUUUGAAAAUGUACCCAUGAUCAAGAGACACCGGCUGAUAAAUGAUGCCCUCAAAGAAGAACUCAGCACACACAUUCAUGCACUGGCUAUAGUUGCAAAAGCUCCAUCACAGUGGAAGAAUCAGGAUGUUGACAUAGGUAAAUCUCCCACCUGCCUGGGAGGUUUCGGGAUUUGACCCUGUACAGUAAACGAUUUUCACAGUGUCAACUACAUAUCCACCACUGGCUGAUACUGAAAUAUGGAUGUAAAAGAUCCACACGGCGAAGGUGCCACUUGUGUACCCUCUACCAGGGCAACAGAUUGAUUUUUCACAAGACAUUGACAAAUGUCUUUAGAUAAAUAGACAGUCAUUUCAUUCUCUUUUUCAAGAUUUCCCUAUAAUAUCUGAUACCCUGGUAGAGGGUACCACUUGUCUUGGAUGUCACUGGUUCAGCAGCAUAUCUGGCUAUCAGCUCAACUUUAUUGGUUCUAGUGUAAUCAGGAAUGAAGACUGAUCAGUGAAAAUGAUGAUGAUGAUGAUGAUGAUGUUUAUUAAUGAAGUCUGAUCUGUCUUCAGUCUGUGGCCAUUUUAUGUAUAAUAUGUCAAUAAAGAAAAUGAGAAAUGUAAUGUUCUGAAAUAUACAUUCUUGGCUAAAAUAUAGAAAAAAAAGAGGAAUAAAGUAUCUUGAUAUGUUAUUGGUGACACCUAUUUUUGUUUUUUAAAAAAAGGAUGUUUUCUUAUGAAAUCAGAUGGUAGUACAUAGUGCAUGCCUUUACCUCUGGUAGGAUUUUUUAAAAGUAAUGACAAACCCUUCAUACUAUCUUUUAUUACUAUGCUUUUUAACCAAGGAUAAAUAUCUCAGGUGAACACAUAUUGAAUUGAUUGAAUGAAUGAAUAAUAAAUGUUUAUUAUUUGAUGAUUUUUGUUCAUUUGUUGUCUAAGGAAAAAAAGAAGACUCACAAUAAAGAAAAAAAUGGGUUAUAGAAUAGAGCAAACAUUGUGUUUGUCAUUAUUUUGUACUGUAAGCAAUGGCCUUAAUAAAGCACUCAUUGUGAAGGGAAAUGAUUUAAUGUAAAUUUCAAUUAAAAUGGUUGAUAACUGUAACACUUGAUGUGCAAAGAAAAAGGUGUAGAUUACAUCAAAGCUGGCAACAAAAUUUUAUUUAGCAGUCUGAUUGGUUCAAGUUGGUUUGACUUUGCCCAGAUAGUGCUGUCAUUCCUCUCCUUAUUGUGAUUUGAUGCAUUAGCAGCAUAUUUUGUUUUGUUUUGAACUUUUUUUCAGAUGAAGUAAAUGCAAGAUGGUUAUUUAAGUCAAGGUAUAGAAAUAGAUUCUUGUUGAUUUGUGUUAUAUUAUAUUUUACCUUGCAUUUGUACAUUCAUUUCUAAUUGUACUCAUUAAAUUCAUCUACUGUUAA